CCGCCCGCUUGGGGACGCUGUGAGGCCACGAGGAGCAUCGAGAGGGCGGAAGUGACUUAGCGGAAGCGAAGCGGCGGCCGCCAUAGCAACGGCGGGAUGAACGCGCCUCCGGCCUUCGAGUCCUUCCUGCUCUUCGAGGGCGAGAAAAAGAUCACCAUCAACAAGGACACCAAGGUGCCCAACGCCUGCCUGUUCACCAUCAACAAGGAGGACCACACGCUCGGGAACAUCAUCAAGUCGCAGCUGCUCAAAGACCCGCAGGUGCUGUUCGCAGGGUACAAGGUCCCACACCCUCUGGAACAUAAAAUCAUCAUCCGUGUCCAGACCACCCCCGAUUACAGCCCACAGGAAGCUUUCACCAAUGCCAUCACAGACCUGAUCAGCGAGCUCUCCCUCCUGGAGGAGAGGUUCAGGGUUGCUAUUAAGGACAAACAAGAAGGAAUUGAGUAAAAUGGAGCAGACUGUUACUUCUGAGGCAGAAUGCUGUGUUUGUUACUGGAUGAAAUAUUUAAACCUCCAUUCAUGGAAAAUAUUUUCCCCCUUGUCCCACUUCUGUUUAAUUUUUGACAGCAAUAUUUUGAAUUUUGGUUUGGUUUUUUUUUUCAUAGCAGACAGGCACUUGGCCAAGAGGAUAAAUAUCACAUUGGAUUUGGUGGAUAAGUCAUUAAAGUGAUUUUUAGUUUUCUAAUCGGAGCCUUAAUGCAAAUAUUUGUCCUGGGCUGUUGGGGAGGGUGUUGUGGGUAGGAUUCCCACAGGAGAAGCUGCUCAGUGACAGCUGUAGAUGAACUCUCUGCUUCUCCUGCCAAAAAGUCCAGGCACUGCCAGCUGAACUGGUACUUUGUUUUAUUAAGUGUCGUUUCUAUAAAACAAAUGCACAAAUUGUGAAAACUUACAGUAAAAGAAACCGGAUGUUUACAAUGAA